AUGCCCCUCCCAACCCCCGCCGAAUCCCUCCGCCUCGCGUGCCGCACAAACACACACACAACCUCCACCUCCCUCCUUACCCCCACAAUCCAAGCCAACCUCCUCGUCCUCCCCUCCCGCCACGCCGCCUCCUUCCGUGCCCUUUGCGCCCGCAACCCUGUCUCCUGCCCCCUCCUCUGGACUACCCCUCCUGGCACCCCCACAACCCCCCUCGCCCCAACCGCCGACCUCCGCACCGACCUGCCCAAAUACAACAUCUACCUCGACGGCAUCCUCCAGACCCCUGAGGGCGUACUAGACAUCAAGAACGAGUGGUCGCCCGACCACGUCGGUUUCCUUAUCGGCUGCUCGUUCUCGUUCGAGACGGCGCUGGAGCGCGCCGGACUGCCGCCGAGACACACGCUGUGCACGCCGCCGCGGACGGUGCCCAUGUUCCGGACUACGGUGCCGCUGUGUCCCGCGGGGGUAUUUACGGGCGGGGUGAUGGUCGUGUCGAUGCGUUCGUAUCCGCCGGGGCGGGUGGAGGAGGUGCGUGACAUCACGCGGCGGUUUGGGAGGCAGCAUGGCGAGCCUGUUGCGUGGGGGUGGGAGGGCGCGGAGACGCUGGGGGUGGCAGAGAAGAUGCGGGAGGGCAGGGUGGAUUUUGGGGAGUGGGUGGAGGUGGCUGUUAUGGAAAGUGGGAUUGGGGGCGUGGUGUUGAGCCAUUUCCCGGGGUGCAUGUUUGUGAGUGAUGUGCUGGCGGAGGAUGAGGCGGAGCUGGAGUCGGUGGUUAAGGCUUUGGAUGUUGUGGAGGAGGUGGGAAUGAUCACUUGUGAAUACAUUCCUCAUAUACCCACCAGGAUUUUAGCUACCCCCGGGUGGUGGUGUGCCGGGGCGGGGGUACGAACGUACUCGUUAUAUUACAGUCAUUGUUGUUGA